AUGCUCGAAGCAGUAUUCUACAUUCGUUUCCAUCCUGCCAGAGGCCCAUCAGUAAUCUACCAAUCCCCAUCCCGCUGGGUAACGUCCCACUCGCGAGAGGAUCAGGAGUCAAGACCAGGACAAGGUCCAUUGUUGUCCUUCCAGAACAUAUCAGCCUAUCUCAUCCCACCUUAUGACCUCUGUAAUCGUGCCCUGUCAGUUACCACGAAUGGCCAUGCAGUCCUAGGGUACCCAAUCAGUCUUGAGGACCCGAAGUACGAGAGGAACCGGUUCACGUUCAACGUGUGCUUUGUGCUCCGCGAAGACGUAGAUGCUAGACCAUGGACGCGAGUUGUGGAGAAGACGGCGGCAUUCUUCACGGCAUUAGAAGUCGAAGAUGGCUUAUUGACGGCCGAGGAGGACCGGGACGACAAGACUGAAGUUGACCAGGAUACGAACGCCACGUUUUUGUCCGAGGAUGGCGAUCAAAGGGUCAUUCAUAAAAUCUUGGAGACCAUCAGGAGCCAACUCAACAGAUAUGGCGAAACAUGUAUCCGUGUAUCAGACAUUCACGUCCUGAACCUCCGCCUCGAGACACCGCCCAAGCCCGACACGCCACCUAAGGUCCGAACAUGGGACGUACCUCUCCUCAUCCGAGCACUACCGCCCGAAGAGGACUGCACACCAGACCUCACCCUACAGAGGAUCAUCCCCUUCCUCGACGGCAUCAAACACAUCAGCCUAAUAGCAACCCAAGCGGACGUCGAAGUCAAACUAGUCAAACGCGGAAUCCGUGAACUACUCCGCCACGACUACGUGAUCCCUCUCGACCUCUUCCAUUUCGCUGCGAUCUACACAACAACUGCAGACUUCACCUCGUUCGUCAACGACACAGAGACACUAGACGAAUGCCGGAACUACAUCACGGCCACCACCAGCACAAGCGCCAACCCAGACGACAAAUCCCCAAGCAUAACCAACCAAACCCUGAUCCACCUCUACACCACCCUCACACCCGGCCUGCCCCUCGACGACUUCACCCUCACCCACCUCCCCACCCUCACCACCCACGGCAUAGACAUCCGCCGCUUCAUAACCUUCGGCAUAAUUAAGUCCUUCCUCCGCCGAAUCCAUAAAUACGGGCUCCUCAUCCCUACCACCAACCCCACCACCCAAACCUACCUCUCAGGCUCCAUCCAAAGCAAAACCAGUCCCAACGAAGCAGCGGUGCGGGAAUUCGAGCGCGCAUGGAAGAAAGCGGCGUUGAGUUCAGGAUGGGCGACGCCGCCUUCUGAUCCUCCGCCUGUGCAGUUGAGUAAGAAGGUGAGUCGGACGGCUAGUGCUCAUGGUCUGGAGGAAGAUUUUGAUGAGGAGGAGAAGGAGAGGUUGCGAGGGUGGUUAGAUGGAACGCAUUGUUUUGAUGAGAUAUGUCUGGCUAUGAAGAUGACGGAGAAGAAGCUGAUGGAGCGAAUACGGAGGAGUGACUUAGGUGGUGAGGUUGUGCUGUUUAAUAAGUAA